AUAAAAAUAAACAAAUUAAUUACAAAACGUUGACUUGAACAAAGUAUAGCAAUGCCGGAGAGCGUCAUAGCUGGCAUACCGGUGCAUUUUCCGUUCGAGCCAUACGAGGUGCAGCGUGCCUAUAUGGAAAAGGUCAUAAUGUGUCUGCGAGAUGGAACCAACGGUGUGCUGGAAUCUCCCACAGGCACAGGUAAGACCUUAAGUCUGCUGUGCUCAUCGUUAGCCUGGAUACGCACACGGCAAUCGGAGUUGCAGCAACAGGUGUUGAAGCUGCAACAGGACCAAAAACAACAAAAGCCGGGCAGUGACUUGGCUCUCACCAUGGGCAGAACCAACAAUUGGGGUGUACCCAAAGUCAUAUACGCCUCUCGCACACAUUCCCAGCUGAAUCAAGCGAUGCGUGAGCUUAAACGCACUGCUUACGCCAAUAUGCGUGCCGUAGUCUUGGGCUCUCGUGACCAGCUCUGCAUCCAUGGCGAUGUAAUGCGGGAACAGGGCAACUCGAACAAAACCAACAUGUGCAAGCUGAAGGUGCACGCCAAGACGUGUACAUUUCAGCUGCGCGUUGAAUCCAAAAAGGAGCAUCCAGAUUUUAAGGGACCCAGUAUAAUGGAUAUUGAGGAUUUAGUUAAAGUGGGACAAAAGCUUAAAAUGUGUCCCUACUUUGCAUCCAAGGAGCUGGUCAAGGAUACAGAUAUUACCUUUAUGCCUUAUAAUUAUCUGCUGGAUCCGAAGGCGCGCAAGGCCAACAAAAUUGAGCUGAAUAAUACAAUAGUUAUUUUGGAUGAAGCGCAUAAUAUAGAAAAAAUAUGUGAAGAGUCUGCUUCGGUGCAGAUACGUUCCUCAGAUGUAGCAAUGGCAAUGGAGGAUAUUACGCAUAUCAUGAAAGUCUUUACUAGCGAACAGGAUACAGCUUCAUCGGAUGAACAGAAGGAUUUUACGCUGGACGAUCUAACACUGCUCAAGGAAAUGCUGAUAGAGCUGGAGAAGGCCAUCGAUGAGGUGCUGGUGGAGAAUAAGCAAGAGGGAGCCACCUAUCCAGCUUCGUUUAUGUAUGAGCUACUAGGCAAAGCCAAUUUCAGCUAUUCCAAUUGCAAUACAAUUGUCGCGCUGCUGGAUAAGCUGGUGCAGUACUUAAUGGUUGCCUCGCAACAGUCGACGAUGCUGCGCAAGGGUGGCAGCUUUAUGGUGCUUAGCGAUUUGCUGCUCAUUGUGUUUGCCAAUAAGGAGGAGAUGAUGUCCAAGGUGCAUCUUAGCUUCAAGGUGCAUGUGGAAAUUGAGGAGAGCAAGCAAUCAAAGCCAGCUGCUAAAGCUCAAACGGGAUGGCUGGCGAAAAGCAAUCAGGCCGCAGGCCCAGGUGCAAUAAAGACGGCCAAAGUGAUUAACUUCUGGUGCUUUAAUCCGGGCUUUGGCAUGGAGCAAUUACUGAAUACACAAGUGCGCAGCGUAAUCCUAACCAGCGGCACUUUGGCGCCCUUGAAGCCGCUCAUAGCCGAGCUGGCCAUACCCGUGGCGCAUUAUCUGGAGAAUCCGCAUAUUGUUGACCAAUCGCAGGUGUAUGUUAAAAUUAUUGGCACGGGACCGGAUCGUCAGCAGCUGGUGUCCAACUAUAAAAAUCGCGACAAUCCCAAGUAUAUCAGCUCCUUGGGUCAAACUAUUUUAAAUGUGUCGCGCAUUGUGCCCGAUGGACUGUUGGUCUUCUUUCCCUCGUAUCCCAUGCUGAACCAAUGCGUGGAUGCUUGGCAGGCGAGUGGACUGUGGGCGGAUAUAACUACACGUAAGCCCAUAUUUUUGGAGCCACGUGGCAAGGAUCAGUUUACCAGCACCAUGGAGGAAUUCUAUCAAGCAAUACGCGAUAACAAAGGCGCCACCUUUAUGGCUGUGUGCCGUGGCAAAGUUUCGGAGGGCUUGGACUUUGCCGAUCGCAAUGGCAGAGCGGUUAUUAUAACUGGAUUGCCAUUUCCGCCGCUCAAGGAUCCCAAAGUUAUACUCAAGCGACGCUAUUUGGAAGCCAAUCGCACCAGAGAGAAUCAGCUGCUGAGUGGACAGGAGUGGUAUAGUCUGGAUGCCACGCGUGCUGUAAAUCAGGCCAUUGGCCGUGUCAUACGACAUCGCAAUGACUAUGGCGCCAUUUUGCUGUGCGAUGCGCGCUUCCAAGAUGCCUCACAGGUGCAGCAGCUGUCCAAGUGGAUACGUGGACAUCUAGGCGCCAGACCACAGAGCACGCCCUUUGGCCCGAUUGUGCGCGAACUGCGGCAGUUCUUUAAGAAUGCAGAGCAAACGAUGGUGCAGCCGGAUGAGCGUAUUGUGGAGGCGCCGCUGCAGAAUUUGCUUAAGCAAGAGCCAAAUGAGUCGCAGCCAUUGCUAAGUCAAAUCAAAAAGGAACCCGGCUUGAGUGGCAAUAAAUUUCAGCUGGCCAGCGAGCUGGCUGUCAAAGCCGAAAUGGCCAACUCGAUUAAGACUUGGACGCCGGCGGACUAUGCCAGCGCCGCUGGACGCAAUAGCCAAAGUCAGCCAGCGCCCAAUGCUUUAGACUUUAUGAGUCGCCUCAACUCAAAUGUUAAUAGCAUCGACUUUAACUGCAUGAGCGGCAGCGAGACGAAUCUGGUGAAGAUACACAAACGCGAGCGCAGCUCACCCAAUGCCAAUGAGAGUCUAGCCACGCAGUUUGCAAGCAAAAAGCGCUACAAGCUCGUAGCCAAUGGUUCGCCCAUGAGCAGCAGCAGCAACAGCUCGAUGAAUACCACUGCCAACUCCACAAACGACUCCAGCGUAAACAGCUCGCAGCUUAAGGCAGCGCCCGAAGCGCGUGCAGAUUUUCUGCGUGAAGUGCGCAGCGUCAUCAAUGCCGAUCAGUUUAGAAGCUUUGGCACAGCCAUGGUCGCCUAUAGCAGAGGAGGCGAUGAGAGCUUCGAUAUGCUUAUGCUGCUGCUCUUGGAGGUGCUGGGCACACCGGAGUUGCGUUACUUGUUGCUGGGCAUGCGACGUUUCCUCAAGAAUGAGCACAAGUCCGAGUUCGAUGUGCGCAUUGCAAGCUUGUGUUAA